AUGGUCAUGGGAACUUCAAGAGAAUCACUGAAGCUGUCAAAGCCGCACCAAGCAACAGCAAACUCAAAUACUACAUACACAUCAAAGCAGGCACUUAUGUCGAAAAGACAUAUUGGAGAAGGCUUUAUAGCAAAGAACAUUACAUUCAUAAACUCUGCUGGAGCGGGCAACGGACAAGCUGUGGCAGUGAAGAGUAGUUCCAUGUUUUCUGCAUUCUACCAAUGUAGAUUCAAAGGCUAUCAAGACACGCUUUAUGUCCACAGUGGCAUCCAGUUCUACCGGGAAUGUGAAAUCUUUGGGACAGUUGAUUUCAUCUUCGGAGAUGCAAGGGUGGUUUUCCAAAAGUGUGGCAUGUAUGUUCGUCUCCCCGGAAACACAAAUGUGAUUACCGCUCAAGGGAGGGGAACAAGUCUGGAUUCUGGUGGCAUAUCCAUCCACAACUGCACAAUUGCAGCCACAAAGGAGUUCAACUCCCAUUUGGGAAUCAAGGCGUAUCUUGGCCGACCAUGGGGGCGAUUUUCCAAAGUAGUUAUAAUGCAAUCCUUCUUGGAUGAUAUCAUAGACCCGGAGGGAUGGCUUCAAUGGGGUAACGAUACUUCUUCACUAUAUUAUGGGGAAUAUAAUAAUACUGGCGUUGGAGCUAGCUUAGCGAAAAGAGUAAAGUGGAAAGGACGCAAACGCAUGGACCUAGUCCAAGCCAAAAAAUUCACAGUGAGGAAUUUCAUCUAUGGUCAGAAGUGGCUGAAUCCAACCAAAAUCCCAUAUUCUCUAGAUUUUAUGUAG